UUCAAACGGAUCAGUUGCCUAGCGGACUUGGAGUAACGGAACCAAUCGCCGAAACUUCCUUUAAAAGAAGUACUAGUUUAAAAGUGUACAUUCAUAUAUAAUAUAUUUACAAGAAAUACCGUUAAAAACGUACGAAUUAUUGCAAAUAUUAUCUCAAGUCGCAAUGUUUCUCGAACUGAUCCUGCUACUGUUUGCUCUAGCCAUUCUCGCUGAUUAUUUACUGAAAAUACGCUGCAAUGAUAUACCAGGACCUAGACCAUUGCCAGUGUUGGGUAACGUGCUCUUGUAUCGUGGUAUAAGUCAAGCAGACAUUACAGACUUCCAAAAACGUAAUUGCCAGAAAUAUGGUCCACUUUAUCGCCUAUGGUUGUUCAAUCAAUUGAAUAUCGUCACCUGCGAUCCUGCCGACGUUGAGGUAUUACUCAGCAGUACAAAAUAUAUUAAGAAAAAUAAAUUCUAUGAUAUGUUGAAAAUAUGGCUCGGCACCGGUUUGCUCGUUAGUAACGGUCAUAAGUGGCAUUCGCGUCGGAAGAUCAUUACACCAACAUUUCACUUUAAAAUACUCGAGCAAUUUGUGGAGAUCUUCGAUCAACAGGGUACAGUGCUGGUGAAAAAAUUAGAACAAUAUGCUGAUGGCAAAACAGUGUUGGAUGUAAAUCCAUUAUUAUGUUUGAUGGCGUUGGAUAUAAUUACAGAAACUGCGAUGGGUACCAAAGUAAAUGCACAAACUUAUCCUAAACUUCCUUACGUACCGGCUGUUAUUAAUGUUACAGAUGUAUUAUCACAACGCAUUUUAAAUAUUUGGCAACGAAUUGAGUGCAUUUUCCGACUGUUCUCGCCUAUAGAAGCCAAAUUAUUAUAUGCGAACCUUAAGCUGUUGCAUGACUUUACCGAUCGCAUCAUUGUGGAACGUCGUGCUGCACUCGAACAAAAGCUCACUGCCACCGAGCCGGCCACCGAUACCGAAUUGGGUGUGAAACGUCGUAUGGCGCUACUGGAUGUCUUGCUGCAAUCCACCAUCGACGGUAAACCGCUUAGUAACGAAGAUAUACGUGAAGAGGUGGACACAUUCAUGUUCGAAGGGCAUGACACCACCUCCAAUGCGCUCACAUUUUGUCUGCAUUUGAUCUCCCGACAUCCCACGGUACAAGCGAAAUUAUUUGAAGAAAUACGUGAAGUGCUGGGUGAUGACAAAGAACGACCGGUGGCACAACGUGACUUAAUUGAACUGAAGUAUAUGGAUUGUGUGAUCAAGGAGUCAUUGCGUCUAUAUCCAACCGCGCCUUUUAUUGGACGAAAUUUAGAGGAGGACGUCAAUUUGCGUGGCAAACUGAUACCCGCUGGCACAAAUAUCACUAUCAGUAUAUAUAUUAUGCAGCGUGAUCCGAAAUAUUUUCCCGAACCUGACACAUUUCGGCCGGAACGUUUUCUAAAUGAGUCUCUUUUACUUGGCGAGAAAUUAUAUCCCUACGUUUACGUGCCCUUCAGUGCUGGACCACGUAAUUGUAUUGGUCAGAAAUAUGCCAUUUUGGAGAUGAAGAGCAUAAUGAGUAAAAUAUUACGACACUUUGAACUACUACCGCUCGGCGAAGAACUGCGACCAAUAUACAGCAUUGUAUUACGUUCCGGGAACGGUGGUCAGAUGGGUUUAAGGCCGCGUAAUUAUGACGCAACGAGCACCGUAGAAAUUUAAAUGAUUUUAAACUCAAUCACCCAAGAAAUUUAAAUUUUGUACUCACUUAAUCGUCGAUUAAUGUAUAAUUUCCUUUCUGACAACCAGUUGUAGUAGUGGGCGUGUAAAUUUUUGUGUUGGUCAGCAAAUCAGCGCAGUUUGAAACUAAAAUUUUGAUAGCACUGUAUUGUAUUUAGUUUAUACGGUGGUAGCAUUUAAAUAUAUAUUCAAGAUAAUAUAUUUUGUUUAUGUCACUAAA